GACGAGAUAUAAUAUACAUUAUUAUAUAAUAAUAUAUACAUAACACAAUCAUAUGUAUACAUUACAUUUAAAACGUAUUACUGUAUAUAAUUUAUCGUUUCGAUCCUCCGUAUAUGGAAUGUAUAAUUUUUUUUUUGGUCAUAACUGCUAACUAGUAACAAACGUUAACAUCUAUAAUGUUUGCAAAACAAUCACAACACCACAGAAAAAUCGUCUGCAGAUGUACGCAAAGACGUUGGUCUAUUGUACGAUGGUAUUGUUGUGUUUACAAUAUAAUUUCACUGGACGCGGUUUAUGUCGCAUCUCUUCGCCAAAUAUUGUUAUUGUGCUCAAGCCACGACAUUCCGGAUGGAUAGCGGUCGGUGAUGAAGAUUGAAGAGAUAAUAUUAUUCUCACGUCGUGUCCGAAAUUGUGGAGUGUAAUAUAAUUGCGCCGCCGAACUGUAUAACGCGGUGAAACAAUGAAUCAGCAAUUUUCAGUCCUAGGAUUAUUUUUCUCUAUUUUGAUUUUGGCUGAAAAUUUAACGACAGUAUUAAAUAAUGUAUUGCAAAGUAAACCGACGAAUACCGAAAAUAAUCAUUCAACAAUUGAGAUGAAAACAACGUUUUUGAACAAAAAAUUCAUCAAACUUGACAGAACAAAGAAUUUGAAUGUACUUAAUUCCAUACUGUUGAACAAUAUUGAACCGGUUUCGUUUUUUGUAAAUUCUUCUCAAAUCAAUCGUUUUCCGAGACAAGUAGCAAAUAAAAAUAAUAAUGAAGAUGAAUAUAAGCGACAUAUUAAAGUAAUAUUAGAUUUAAAACCCGACAAUUAUGAAGAUAUGUAUGAUUAUUUUGAUAGUGGAAAAUAUAAUGACAAUCGAGAGAAAAAAAUCAAAGGUCUAAUAGAUGAAUUAAAUUUGCACAGGGAAAUAGAAGAAAAUUCUAGACCAAUAACAAGAAAUUUAAACGAAUCACAAGAAAGAAAAAGAUGUACUAAGACAAUUACACAAAAUUUAGAUUCUAAAAAUCAUCAACAAUCUCAAAAACUACUUUCAACAAAUAUUGAGGAUAGAAUAAAACCAACGCUUAAAUGUAGGGAUUGUGAACUUUUAAAAUCAAAUAUAAAUCUUGGGGAACCUAAAAAUAAUUAUAAUAGUAAUCAACAAUUAGAGCAAAUGGUUGACAAUGAUCACUUUAUUAAAGUUUUAAAUCAAUUAAUUGACAAAAUAAAUAAACCAAAAAAUGUUAAAUCUACUUUAAUUAAAGAACUACCUAUACAAAAAAGUAUUGAACCAACUAUGUUGGAAAAUAGAUUUGGUGAGAACUCACAUACAAAUAGUUCUUCUUCUGACGAAAUGAUAGUUAAAUUUGAAAAAAUAAAAGGAAAUCGUAUAAUAAAUAAACUUGAAUCUAGUCCUGAAAAUACUUUUGUAAAUGGAAAUUGGGUAAGAAAUAAAAUAAUAGAAAAUAAAGUUAAUGAUUGUAAACCAAUAGAAAAUGAUCGCAGGAGUGGGUUAAAUGAUAAAAAUGAAUCAAUUUCGAAAAAUGGCAUACAACAAUUGAAUUUAAAAGAUUCUAAGAAUCAAGUUAUUGAAACUGAUGACAAUGUUUCAAAUAAGUUAAAAGAUUUAUCAGUAGUUACUGCGAAAGAAAAUACAUACAUUUCGACAUCUCCACUUCCGGAAGAAAACGAACACCUUUUAUUCUCUAGACAGACCAUUGAACCUUUUGUUGUAUCAUCUACAUCAACAGAUAAAACAGAUUCUAGUAUGAUUGACGAAAAUUAUAAACUAAAAUUUACAACCAAAGCUUAUACAGAUCAAUUUAAUAAGGAAGAUAAUAUUUCGAGUUACAAUGAGAAUAAUAAAAAUCAAGACAAACAAUUUGAACCGUCUAUAAAUAAUUUUCCAACAAUGGCGGAAAUAUUUGAAUCAACUGAAGAACUAAAAUCAGAUUUAAAUGAGACAUCGAAACUACAAAACCCAGAUGGAAUCGCAGAGUCUAAUGAUAAUAACCCAAACUCAAAUUAUUCGACCGGUGACACAAUUGUAGAGGAAAACCAAAAUAAUUCUUUGGAUGAUAAUAUGAAUUGUAAUUGUAAUAAAAAAAUCAUCAAGAAUAUUUUAAGAUCAACAGUAGUGACAAAUAUCACAGAAAUAAAAACUGAUAUGGACACAUCACCAAGUAAUUUAAAAAUGAAUAGUCAUAAACGGUCAAAUCAAUUACUUAAAAAAAAUGGUGAAAUAAAUAUAUCUAAAAAUAAAAAUAAUGAAGACAAUUUAAUAAAAAAUAAAAAGGAUUUGAACUCCGAUUUCUUAGGGGAAAAACAAGCAACAUUCGAAAGUACAAGUAAAAAUAAUCUUAAAGAAUCAAAUUCAAACUUGUUUCAAGGAUCAGUGUUAAAUAUUGAUGGAAAUCAUUCACGAGGUACGAAAGAUAGUAAAACAAAUAAAAAUGAAGAAAGUGAUUCAAACAAUUCUUCAUUUAGCUCCAUAAUUCCCGAAUUAAAACUGAAGAGUCAAAUAAAAAGAAAUAACGAUGAAAAUAUCAACAAGGUGAAUGAAAUUAAUAAUAAAAGAUUGUCUUUAAUUCAUAAGAACUUACCACAGAUAAAUACGAGGCAAUUUGUUGCGAAAUUAAAACGUUUACCACAGAACGAUGAUACCUCCGUAAGAAAUGAUAACAGGGAAAACAAUAAUAUGGAUAAAAUAACAGAAAACAAUAAUAUGGAUAAAAUUACAGAAAGUAAUAACAUUUUUACUAAGAGUUCUGCUCAAAAGCUAAAUAAGAUUAUUAGCCGAACUCCACUUAAAACUAUACCAGAAAUAUCAAGCAAAAAAAUAGAAAAUAUUACAAAAAAGAGUCCGGGACAUCUUGUUGAAAAAAAAAAACUUAAUAUUCCAAUUAACUCAAAAUUAUAUACAACAAGUAAUUCUGGAGAUUAUGAUAAUACCAAUUAUAUGACAAGAACUAAAAAAAUAUUUGCUUCUCCCAGGAUUUUGUCACAGGUUCCAAUAAAAAAUAUUAACAAGCAUUCACCUCAAACUACAUUAAGAAAUCUAGAAAAACUUAUAGAAAAUGAUGACGACAGUGCUAUACAAAAUAUUCCAAGAAAAUUUAUUACAGGAUCAGAUAAAUAUACUUCAUUUAAUCCGAAUACCCACAUUGUUCAAAAUCUUAAAGAAAAUAAUAUUUAUAAAAAAAACAUUUCUCGAAAAGAUAGUAUAAACACAAAUAAUUUAGAUCCUGUUAAAUUACAAAGACCAUUGAGCUUGUUAAAAUCUAUUGAAAGCACUAAAAUUCAAAUGACACCCAAAAAUAAAAUUGUAAAUAAUUAUUCAACAAAAAUUCCUACAUACAGUAAAAAUAAUAACAUUAUGAUACAUAAAAAUGUUACAAAGACAAAAAUAUCUAAACCGGCUAUAUUCACCCAAAGUCCAAAAAAGAUUAGUUCUUCAGAUACAACAAAACAGAUGAAAAAUAACGAAAAUAUGUCAAUAUUAAAAUUAAAUAUUGCAAAAACAAAACCAAGUUUAGUACCAUUGUUUCCAGAAAAAAUAGCUAAAACCAAAUACAACCUUUUUGACAAACCACUUACUUCAAGUUUGAAAAAUAAAAAUAUUCUUAACGACCAAUCUCCGAUGGAACGAAUUUUCAAUAAAAAAACAGAUACAAUACAUAAUUUAAAAUCCAAGUAUGACGCUGAAUCGAAUGAUUUGUUGAAGUCCUAUCCGCCAGAAAAAUCUCAAGUAGAAGAUUUAUAUGAUCACGAACAUGCGCCUUACACUAAAGAAUAUCUAGAGCCAAUUUUAUUUCGUGAAUCCUCGGAAAAAGCUAACAUUUCAAAUAAAAAUAAUCAGUUCGUUAUUCAGUCCCCAAUCAGCAGACAAUCUUCAAAUAGAAACCGAAAGGACAAUAAAUUAGACGUACAACUGUCGCAACCGGUGCCGGUCAACCGUCCAGAACAAGACGAAAACCACGAUGAUACCAAAAAAAACAAUAAAGUCGAAGUUAAUGUCAAAAAACAAAAAAAUCAGCCAUAUUUGAAUACAUUAAACGAUGUUCCGAUUAAUAGCGAUACACUGAACAAUGAUAAAUAUGAUGUAUGGAAUCCCAAUGAUGAAUCUACAAACCAAAAUAAAUUCGGAGUACUUUCGCAAGUGAAAAUAGCCGAUGGCGUAUUUAAGAUACCUUUGGUGAGCCAAACAAGUGUUGAUAAUAAUGGUUCCGAGUAUGUGUCCGAAAUUUUUAUACCAAUUGAAAAACCCGAUGGUCGGCACUCAGCUAUAUCCCUUACAAAGUUAUUAACUGGUGAUUUUAAAUUAUUAAAUGAACCGGGAGUGGAAAAUCUUUCAAUCAUACAGCCUAAACCUGAAAUAGAUUCAAGUGAUUCGACAUUAGGUUCAACGCGUACUUCAACAGACUGCGAGAGUUCAGAUAUUACUGAUUAUUCGGUCAAUCCAAAUCCGACGAAGAUUCUAGAAACGAUUAAAGAUGACAAAAAACUAUCGGCACCCAUACAUAUAAUACAAAUAAUCAACAACGGUCAGUGUCCGUACAAGCAUAACGGUACUGAUACUGUAAAAAAAUCCGUACGCGACGACGAUGAACGUAAAUUUCGUAAAUUCCGAAAUGAAGGUAGAAGAUUAUCAUCCGUAAGAUCUCAAAAUACGCCUAAUAAUAAUAAACAGAUAGAUCGAAAAAUCGGAGACGCGUACAAUCAUUUUGAUUCAGGAAUUCUAGAUAGGUUUCUACAAGUUUACUCUCCACACUUGGUUUGAUAGGUACUUUGAUAAUUUUAUAAUAUAAAUUAUACAGCCCAGACCAAAAAUAAAUUACAUUGAUAUAUUCAUUUCCUUAUUUUACAUGAAUGUAAACAUUUUUUUUUUAUAAAUAUAUAUAUGACCGAUACCAGCCAAGAUAAAUAUUUUUAUGACUAA